AUGUGUAAAGGGCAAGGUUGUGAGUGGUAUGUGUACUUGAGGAAGAUCGAAACACACAACGGUCAGGAUUAUGUGGUGAUUAAUAUGCAAUGGGAUCACGCGCACACAUGUUCCCAAGUGUUGGAUCAGAAAUGGCUCACGGCAAAGUGGCUAGGUGAGCGUUACAUGAAGAAGAUCAAAGCCAACCCUCACAUUCCACUGGCAGCUAUACAUCAGUGUAUCGAUGAAGAUUUUGGGUUGACGAUUAGUAGGAUGAAGGCAUAUCGGGCAAGAGAGCACGCACUGGACAGCAUAUUCGGCUCUGCGGCAACCCAAUACAGGAACUUGUUCUACUACAAAGCCGAAUUGGAACGGACACACCCUGAUUCUAGCAUGCAUAUACAUUAUGAGAAUACGAGGGAUUCUGGCGUCGUAGGGCUGAGAUUCCUGAGGUUCUAUUAUUGUUUGGGACCAUUGAAAAAUGGGUGGAUGCGGUUAUGUCGACCAAUUAUCUUCUUGGACGCUUGUUUCUUGCGAGGAAUGUACAAAGGACAACUAAUGACAGCAAUGGGAAUUGAUCCCAACAAUGGCUGGUGGCCGAUUGCUUGGGCUGUGACUGAGGCGGAGAGCUAUGUCCAGUGGAAGUGGUUUCUGGAAUACUUGUCUGAUGACCUUGACUUGCAUGCAAAUGGCCCAAGAUAUGUGUUUAUGUCUGACCAACAAAAGCUAACAGGGAUCCCGUGCACUCAUGCUAUCGCUACAAUCAACAAGAAUGGCCAUGAUGUCACGCGAUACGUCUCCCGCAAUUAUUUAAAGUCCACAGUGAUGAUGAUGUACGAGAAUGUCAUUUACCCAAUCAAUGGGGUGGACAAUUGGCCUAAGAGUUCUGAUGAUGGAUUGGAACUGGCACCCCCGAGGACAAAGCGACAGCGUGGACGACCGAAGAAACUGAGGCGUGAGGAGCCCCAAAUUCGUCUUCAUGCGAACGGAGGUGAGUCACUGCGACGAACCUUCGUCAUGAGAUGUCGCCGGUGCGGGCAGGAAGGUCUUAACAGGAGGACAUGCAACAAUGAUCCUCGGACAGAUGCUCGUUCUGAAGUUGGGCCUAAUGUUUCGGCUCCGGGGCCUAGCACUCGGACCAGGGCCAUGACUCAGCCUCAGCGUUGUGGCCGCCGCGGUGAUCAAGAUUGA